GGCAAUGUGACUCUAUAAAUAAUAUAAACACACAGCUGUGGUGCUGAGAGAAGAAAAUGCUGCUGAUUUAAUUUGGUUUUAAAAAGAUUUAAAUAGGUAUAAAUUCUGAGUGAACAAGAGAAUUUUAACAGUCAUUCAAGGGUGAUCAUUCGAAGCGAGCAAGCAUCAAGUCACAUACGCAACUGAAAACUUGACCGCAAGAUAAUUGCUGCUGAAACCUUUAACCGCAAGGUAUGAAAACUUCAGAUCGUGCAACGCAAGUUGUUUUAAACACAUAAGUGCUAAUCCCUCAAAACACCCAACUGUUUUAGGUUAUACUACAGCGUCAAGUUUCGGAAGUCAAAAGCCAAAGACGAUUUUACGAAGCCCUCGACCUCGGAGAAGAUGUCUCACCUCGGUAAGUACAGUUUGUUAUCAUGGUGCACUCCGAAGCCAGUUUCCAUCAAUUUUUCUGUAUCGUUUUGUGGUAGUGUUUCGAGCGGUAAAUCUAGCUUGGAUUUUUCGUCCGAAACUGUUGUUUAAUUUGUAAGUUAGUCAACCAGAAUGAAACACUUAAAAUGGAAAAUCAACCGAUGUCUUAAGAUCUCACUAAAAAGUCAACUUUCCAAGGGACACAGAGUUCUUGCAGGUUCGGUUAAAGCCAUGUCAUACUUUGAGGCAUUGUAUCUCAGUUGGGAUCGCAGUAAAGCAAACUUGUGUAUGCCGGCGUUACGCUUUUAACUUUCACUUUUCUGAUACCCGUUUAUUGUAUAAACUCGGCUACUUCGACUUUUGUUAUCCUCAGCGUGGUCUCAAAACUUGAGCAUUGUAUCUUCAACAUAAUAUCCGCACACAUACAGGUAAUAAGAAACUGACUAUUUCAAAUUCUAACACAUUUUUUUUUUCAAAGAAGACUUAGUAUCUAUAUUUGCUGAAGAUUUUUGCACUACCAGCUUACGAAAAGCGCCUUCAGUCUCAAAAUCUAUUGCGUCACGCCUUUUCAAUACAGACAUUCUCUCUUUUCAAUGCGUGUACACAUUUUAAAAAAUGCAUUUUGUUUAAAUCUUUCAAUUUUAUAUCAAUGGGUACUUUCUGAAAACAGCGUUUCCAAGCAAUUUUAGGGCCAACCGAAAAGGACAAUUUCAUGUAAACUAAGCGCCAAACCUGCUUUCCGAUGUCAAUACAACAUAGAAUUAACUGUACUGUCAUGCAUAGAUGAGUCUGAUUUUGCACAUUUUUUAUUGGCACGAAUUGCUACAUAAAGUGCAUCCAAAUUUUUUUCUCUCGAGUCCAAUGGGACAUUGCAUUUUGAGGGAACAUGAUUUUUGAAGAGUUAGGUGAAAAACAAAAAAUGCGUUGCACGUCUACGAUAAACUAACCUUUAUAUUUAAAUUCAAGUUCGGUCCCGUGUUGGACGUCUUCUUUCGUUAACGUUAACCUUAGGCAUUUUCUCGUCGAAGGCCUGUUAUGGUCAUUUAGAGUCCCUUACUAGGAAUAUAAAAAGUCAAUUAUUUUGUUUGAAACGCCAUUUGAACUUGAGCUCGAUGUGAAAAGUCUUAUUUUCUAAUCUUUGAGUCUCGCGUGGCUAAAAACUCUAUUUCUUUUCUUCUAAUUCGUUUAGAUUGCUCGUUUGAACCAUCAAUUGACCUCGCGUUAUCAAGAAUGAUUAAUAGUUCCUUUAAUUGUUGGAAAAUUAAUUAACGCAGCAUGUUAGGAGAGAAAACGGCAAUUUAGCUGGACGCUUGAAGAUUAAAUAAAACUGCAAAAGUAAUAAAGUAAGAAGAACGCAAGCAAUUAAGGCAGCGAAAAGAGAGUGGUUGGCACUCACUCAUAUUAUUUUUUCUGGUAUCCACCACUUAACAACAGAUAUUAGAGCAAUUUGCAGCCACAGCAGCAAAUCAAGACAUGCUUUAACAAACCUUGGAUCCGAAAGACUAAACUUCCCAAGGAAAGGACAUAACUCUAAUGCUUAUAUCCUGAGUUAAAUGGUUUCAUGUUCAUUUCGGUUAAUUUCCAAUGUUUACUAACUAUAUAGCACUUUAGAGAAAUAACUUUUUUGAUAACUCGUUGGGCUCUCAUCCUAAUUGGUUUGGCACAUGCAGGGCAAAGGGAUUCUUCACUUAAUAUUUAAAAUUUGAUGUACUCGAUAAAGAUACAAAAGAAAUCUUUUCAGGAUACACCACAGUUAGUGGCGACCAAAUUUACAUUGUUUUUAAUGUUUUGAUCGUCCUCUAUAAACAGUGCUGGCACAAGAAUUUACGCGAAUUCACAACAAAUUGCAAUAGCCCUGGAAAAAAAUUGUAAUGAACAAACCGCUUUUUAUAACAAAUAUUCAUUUUUUUCGUCUGUAGCCAAUGAUGAAGUUUUUUGAUGCCUCGCUCGGAAAUGACUCAAUUCAAACACCCACAUAUCUCAUUUGUAAUGAGCUUCUUUAAUACAAAUAUCGGUUUAAAUAUAGACUGCAUUGCUCAUUAGUAAUCUAUAGGUUUUUAAUCAAAUUUUUAGCCGAUGAUAACUUAAAAUUACAGGCUUAUCUCACGAUUCCCUUUUUUAAGUAAAGAAUUUCUUUUUCUUUUGUAUUUCCUCUUUUAUUUAUUAUGUAAUGUUGUUCUUUACAAGACGAACAAGCCCAGUCCCGUAGCUAAAUUUUAGGCAAUUUUGCCACAUAUUUAGGGUAGAGUCAACUAGAAUAUGGUUACUUACCGCGGCCUUACAACAGAGGUAUCGAUUGGAGGGAACGAGACCUUGAUAAAGCCGAUACGUUCACCCAAUUUUGGGUAAUUUUUUCCCCUUGCAAGUCGGUCAUAGAGGUAGCUAGUGGUUAGGGCAGGAGCCCAUUAGGGUCAUUGACUUAGCCUAGCUGAGGGGUGGGGCUGGGAGAAAGAAUAUGCCGAAAUUUGAGACGACCGGCAAAGGAGGAAACCAAUUAUACCCAAAAAUUUAAGACUUAAAAGAUUUAAGAUUAGACAAAAUUUUGGAUGUUAUAAAUGUGGAGACACUAAUGCAUUGCCCAGCCUUGGUUAGGAAAAGAAAAAUUAUUCCCAAAAAUUUGACCAAAAGACUUAACCAAAAAUUUGAUUACCCUAUUUAAGAUAAAUCAAAAUUUCGGAUGUUAUAAAUAGUUGGAUGUUUAUCUGCUUUUAAGGUUAGGGGGGCAGUAGCCUCUUCGCAUUCAAGACCUUGGUUAGGCUUUUAACAAAAUGGCGGCAAAAUAGCCAAAAUUAACUGAAAAUGUGAAACCUAAAAUUAUCAUAAUUUUGUCCAGACGUCAAAACUAAUGUUUCUGUGCAUUUCUCUUGAUCCUUUUGAAGUUUACGUUAGCCCGUUACAGGCUCUCAAAUAGUGGGGAAGACGCGAAAGUAAAAGGCACGCGAAAAGUUGGCGGGGCGAGAAGGGAAAAAGGCCCUUCCUCUGAACGGGCUAUGUUUACGUUAAUUGCUACGUCGUAAUUCUUCUUUUUUCUUUUUUCACUGCCUCUGACAGUUUUGCUUUUAAGGUUCUUGUCGAGGCCACUGUAUUAUUAAGGGGCGUAGCUACCUGUAACAAUUCGGAAACAAUGAGCUCUUUCUUUUUUACAUCUGAAUGUCGGUUUGCACGAAGCGACGCGUGAUUAUUCCUUGACUGAUAUAUUUAGAGAAAAUAAGGGGAAAAGCCCAGCGGCAAGCUGGAUGUAUAUGGGGGCGGCGACUGUUUAGGAAAAUUGUGCGUACCUUUGGAAAAAUCAUGGCUACGCCCCUGUGAUUAUAAGCCAUGUAACGAUGGCUUGAUCCCUUUCGUACAAAGUUAAUUUGUUACACCUUGUAUUUUUUAAAAUGAUUAAUAUGCUCUACAAAAUUCUCAAACGUGAAAAUUUAGGAUAGUAAACACGGGCUUAUUUUUGUCCGAAAAGAAAAGCAUCCCAAAUCUCGGGGGAUUAAGAUACAGCACAAUUCACGAACUUCUAUCCAACUGUUUUCGAGUUUAUGGCAAUUUAUAGUGUGAAUGUGUAACUUGACAUCAAGGAUGAACUGUUUUGUAGAUUGUCCAUGUCUAAAAUUUCAAUGUAGACAGACGGGAAGCGAAGAAAUGAGGAUGGAGUUUAAACACUUAUCAUUCGAAAUUGUGGAAAAUUUAACUAAUAUUAAACCGAGACUGGAUAUCAACAAAGCGAUCGUGUGUUGCGUGACAAACGAUUUUCCACGGGAGGUCAGAAACACGAUCUCUGAACAUUUUCGCGGUGGGACAGAAGUUGUCUCUGAUAUCUGAGCCGUCAAGCUUCAAUUUUCUGUCUGGAAAAGUCUAAAUAUCAACCAAAUAUUUGUAAAAGGAACAGGAGUAACGUAGUGCAAUAUUAAGACAAGAAUUAAUUAGUGAUCAUUUUUAAGCUUACAGCUCGAACUUACCAUUGUUUGCUCAUGCAACAGACAUCGGAUCUCAGCCGUUUCGCAAAAUUUAUGCGUUGAAUUGCCUCUGUCAGUAUAUCGUUGCAUCUUCUACGUUACUUUGGUAUGGAAAGGAACCCCUAGAAUAAAAGCGAAAGAAACAUUUAGUAAACCAAUUUCGCAAAAUAAUUUGAGGUUAUAAGACUGCAAACAUAGGCUUUUUGUAAAGGGCUCAAACCUUCAGUUUCUCGCCCAUUACUCUUGUUCGACUUGCUCGUCGCUUUCUUGUAGUUUAUAUACCUGCCAACUCUCACGCCUUAGGCGUGAGUCUCACGCCUGCGGGUUGAAAACUUCGAUCUCACGCCCGCUCACGCCUGCGGACCAAUUUCUCACGCCUGAUUGAAAAAUGUGAGUUGUUGCCGUCUUGCUUGACACAAUUUCCAAAAAUAUGUUAACUCAGACCCAUGUAAGGAACGAAAACCAUGUGUCAAAUGAAUAAAUGACAAUACCUCCCUCGCGAUCUCUGAUUUUGUGGAUAAGCGUUUUCUCGAUAACUUCGCCUUCGGCAGACUUCGGACGUCUUCGGAAGACUUCGGACUUCUUCGGGAAUCUUCGGAAAUGAUCGUGUCGUUUUCAAAAAUCCCAGCACUCCCAGGAUAAAAAUCUCACGCCUAAAUCUCAGAAAAAGUUGGCAGGUAUAAGUUUAUGAGCUGAGCAUAAAAUGAACACAAACUGCUCCUGUGCUUUCCACUCAACUCUUAAUGCAAUCGAAUAGAAUAGAGAACGUCAGUCGAAUGUCGAAAGCCACUGAAAUAACAGUAAAAAAGACAUAAAGAGCCAAUUUUCAAGAGCCAACAUGGCCGAAGUGUGAAGUUCUGUUUUCCUCCCCGCCGCGAGAAGCGCACGCGUUUACUUUCCCGCCAAAAGGCAGUUCUCUGUCGGCCUCGUUUCCAGUUCUCGCCACGAUCCCUGUUCCGGACAAGUUCCGGACUUUCCAGAUUAUCAGUAUGGACUGGCUUGUUAACAGCGAGGACCUGCGCUUUUAUUCCCCGGGUUUUAUUCCUCAGAUUUUGAAUUGAAUAUUUGAUUUCAGGCCCGAAAAGUUAACGAGGCUUUCGAGAAACUAGCCUGCGAGCGGCCAGAGCGCCCCGGGGAGAGCUUACUCACUCGCAGGGUAUCGACUGAAAUGCGCCCCCGGUACCGAUUUUCUUGGGAAAGAUCUUCCGUUGAAUUUUCGAAAUGGGAACUAUUCAGUGAAGAUUUUUGAAACUCUGGAAAAGAAAUCGAAUGAGAAAAGGUUAAAAAUCAAGGAAGAAAAAAAAACUGAAAUAUUUUUUUGAAUGGAGUCCUCAGGAAUAUAAGUGAAUGUUCUUAAUUAAACUGAGUCCAAAAUCUUUUAAAAUUAUCUUUCAUACAAUUAUAUUAUUCACACACAAAAGAAAAUAAUGUGUGUGUGUCUGUCCCUGAGUGAGUCAACCCUCUUCCGUUUAUUUGUUAAUUUAUUUUUGGAUCGAUCGAUUUCUCGCGAAAACACUGUUUCCGCAGGCGCCGCACUUAACCACAAAAGAAAAAAUGGCGGCCGGGGGAGAAGGCUUUUUCUUUGGUUCUUUGUCCCUUCACCAUUUUCCUUAGAAAAUUUGUCCUCCGUUGCUUGCUUUACUACCGAGGGGAGCUGGUUUUCAGUUAAUGUGGAGUUAAUAUAAGUAAUAUAUAGUAAUCAGCUACUGACUAUAUCCAUGAUCACAAUUAAUUAAACGGCUUUCAUAGUCAAGAGUGAGACUGAAGCGUUUAGUGGGCAGCUUCCAAUAUAUCCUUGAUUCGUGUUCUCUCCUCAGAUCAGCUUCCAAUGGCCACCUCUCCGUCACGAUACAGUGACGGAUCGAGACCUUCAGAUAAGGGUGGGCCCCUUUCAUCCAGACACUGAGAUAAGGGGGGACCCGGUCUCGAAAAAAUUUUUUUCGGCCCCUCUAGUCUCACUCAGUUUGGUCUAAAAAUAAGGGGGAGCCGGGGCCCCCGUGCCCCUCCCCUGGAUCCAACACUGUGAUAUAUUACAACAUGGCAAGUGAAACAUCUCCAGGCUAUGGCUCCCAUUUUAAUUUCAUUGCAUGUUUUCACUAUUCACUUCGGUUUGCUUUUAUUACCAGACGACUUUCGAAGCCCCCGUAACACACGCUGUUUGCCACCAAAUUUUACGCAAGAGAUAUUGUUGGGAAAACUCGUCCUAGGAGUAUUUGAAAAAAAAAACAUAUUAUACAAAAUUUGGGAGCAUACACAAUGUAUUAUGAAGAAUUCGAAAAUAGAGAAUUAAUUAUUUUAAUAACUGGGAGAUCAGGACUCCAUGGCGAAUAACACGAGCGGAUUACUAACAUACAUCUUUUUACCUCGGCAGCCCCCUUUCUUUUCCAAAGCCAUGGAGGAAUUAAUCAGCUCGGCGGGCCUUUCGUGAAUGGUCGGCCUCUUCCGGAUUACAUUCGCCACCGGAUCGUCCAGCUUGCGGCAUGCGGCGUCAGACCGUGCGAAAUUUCCCGA